AUGGACACCGAGGCAACAUCACGCCGGACAACCCACUGGGAAGUCACCAGGCGCAGCCAGCUCAGCCAGAAGAAGAUUAUAACGCCACCAUUUCUCCAGACACUCCAGGAAGCCCACUGGCUGGCCUGCGCAGAGCAAUCUCAAGCCGGUUUUAGGGUACCGACAGCUAACGCAGCUUCACAACCAGAGCCUUCGCCUACACAACCAACUCCUGCUUCACCGCCCUCUGUUUACGGUACACCCCGUGACCACGCGAAUGACUCCAGCAGGUCUUAUGCCACAACAUACGGUUACCAGGCGUCUGCCGGAGCUGGCUCCUAUGCCUCCGCUUCUUACACGCCAGGACAUGACGUGAACAGGGCACCGCAGGGGGAAACGUACGCUGCUACUUACAAUGGUGCCGCUUCCUCUGCUGCUGGUGCUGCCCCCUAUUCGAGUGGUCCCACUUCGUACGGCUACGGUGAAGGCCGAGCCCUGGAGGGCCCUGCCAGUGGUCCAGCAGUGCAUGGUGCACCCACGUCCUCUGGGUCUGCUUACCAGACGCAUGGUUCCCAAGCUUUUGGGCCCUCCCCCUAUUCACAUGUCAAUGCAGAGGGCAUCGAAAUACCUGAGGGAUUCAUCCCUGACCCUUACGAUGCUCCUUCCUCUGUUCCUGGUGCCUCUCGACCUGAUUCCACUGUGCCUGGCCCAGCAGCGCCCCUCCCCGGCGCACCAUAUUCUGCACAAGGAGCUGCACAGGCCCCGCAGGUUGCAGGCAGGCUGGCUUUCCCUCCUGGUCUUGAAUACCUAGCUCAUGUUGAACAGAUAGUAAUACAACAAAGCGUCGAGUUCCUCGAAGUUUUCUUGGGUAUUGAAGGUGCCAACGUCUACGAAGCGAAGAAUUCAAUGGGCCAGCUCAUAUACAACAUUCGGGAAAAUUCCGGCUUAUGCGCCAGGUGCUGCUGCGGUCCAAGGCGGUGCCUCGAAAUCGACGUGUUUGACAGCACGAACACCGUUGUUAUCCACAUUGUGCGACCCCUUCGAUGCUCAAACUUCUGCUGCUUUUGCUGCCUGCAGGUUCGCUCGAUGAAUGGCGUUGUCAUAGGCGCCGUCACCAAGGAAUGGGGCGGACUCGUGAAGGAGUACUUCACAGACUGCGACAGUUUCGUUGUGAGCUUCCCCCUCGACCUAGAUGUAAAUAUGAAAGCUGCGCUUCUCGCCCUAUCUCUGCUCAUAAAAUACGUGGAUGCGCUGUAG